UUUCCCCACCAUUUUCAUAAUCCAUUAGCUUCUAAGUUCUUACGAAGACACAGAGACAUGGCUACUUCUUUUGCUAAAUUCCUUUUCAUUCUUGUUGCCAUUAGUUUCCACGUAAAAACUCUCUCAGCUGCUAGAGUUAUCAGUACCCCAAAAACCAACAUCGAAUUUAUAAGAACAUCUUGUAGUACAACUACUUAUCCAAAACUUUGCUAUAGUUCGCUCUCCGUUGAAGCAAGCAAAAUCCAAAACAGCCCCAAACUCCUAGCCAAUGCAGCCCUUAACGUGACACUAGCAUCUGCUAGAUCAACUUCCAUCAUGAUGCAAAAACUCUCUCAAAGCCAUGGCAUGAAGCCUAUGGAAGUAUCAGCCAUGCAAGACUGCGUGGAGGAGUUGAGUGACACGGUAGAUGAGCUGAGAAAAUCCAUUGAUGAAAUGGGUAAGACUAAAGGGUCCAAUACUCAGCUCAUGAUUAACGACAUACAAACAUGGGUUAGUGCUGCCUUGACGGAUGAGAGCACCUGCAGUGAAGGGUUCGCUGGGAAUUCCAUGAAUGGGAAUGUGAAGAGUGCAGUAAGGGGACUUAUUCUGAAUAUUGCACACUUGACCAGCAAUGCCUUGGCCUUGAUCAACAAUUAUGCCUCUCUUCAUGGUUAGAUCAUCUCUGGGAUGAUGAGGUUAAUUAAUUAUUUAUACAAUUUCUUAAAGUGAUGAGGCUAAAAUAUGCCCAAAUUUGUAUGUAACAUAUAUAUACUGUGAUACUCGUGCGUCGCGACAUGGAUGGUCAUAUGUCUCCAAAAGAAUGUUAUGGUAGAUUAAUUGUGUAUAAAUAUAAUUCAAGUCGUAUCAUAUAUAUUAGUGAAGAAAGUGUUUAGUAAUAAAACUUUAUAUGAAAAUUUUCCCUUUUCUAUUGUUCAA